AUCCAAACAGCAGGCGGCAGCAGAGGCGGGAAUUCAAACGGAAGUGGUUCCUGCCAGCAAGCUAGACGAUUUCCACCGUUGGUUUAAUGUAGUUCACCUUCUUUUACACAGUCUACGAGUAAACCAUGAAUCCGCUAACGAAGGUGAAGUUGAUCAACGAGCUGAACGAGCGUGAGGCCAACCUCGGGGUGAAGGAGUCUGUUUCCUGGCACUCUGAGUACAAAGACAGCGCCUGGAUAUUUGUCGGAGGAUUUCCAUACGAGCUGACUGAAGGUGACAUCAUCUGCGUCUUCUCUCAGUAUGGAGAGAUCGUAAACAUCAACCUGGUGCGCGACAAGAAGACGGGGAAGUCCAAAGGUUUCUGCUUCAUCUGCUACGAGGACCAGAGGAGCACCAUCCUGUCUGUGGACAACUUCAACGGCAUCAAGAUUAAAGGUCGGACCAUUCGCGUGGAUCACGUCAAAGACUACCGGCCUCCCAAAGACACAGAGGACAUCGACGACGUGACCAAACGCCUGAGGGACGAGGGCUGUGCUCCCAAAGUCCACGAGUCGUCCUCCUCCGCUGAGGAAGACGAGCAGUACACCAUCCCCGUGAAGAAGCCCAAAAAAGACAAAAAAGAGAAGAAGAAAAAGAAGAAAGAGAAGAAGAAGAAGGCAGACAAGGAGAAGGGGGACCGGGCGCCGCACUCCUCCUCUUCCUCACCUCCUCUUCCUCCUCCCACCGUCAGAGUCAAAGAGGAGAAGGAAGAUGCCGCCUACGACAAGUACAACCAGAGGAGGGCGCCACCGGGAGGACAACAGAACGGACAGAGAGCGAGGGAGAACGAGAGACCGCGGGGGGAGGAGGACAGGAGGAGAGAGACAGACAGGGAGAGAGGUGAAGACAGGAGGACGACUCGGGAGAGGGAGGGCGACAGAGAGGAGGACAGGUGGAGAGAGACAGACAGAGACGGCGAUAGAAGAAGAGAGACGGACAGAGACGGCGAUAGAAGGAGAGAGACGGACAGAGAGGGCGAUAGAAGGAGAGAGACGGACAGAGAGGGCGAUAGAAGGAGAGAGACGGACAGAGACGGCGAUAGAAGGAGAGAGACGGACAGAGACGGCGAUAGAAGGAGAGAGACGGACAGAGACGGCGAUAGAAGGAGAGAGACGGACAGAGACGGCGAUAGAAGAAGAGAGACGGACAGAGAGGGCGAUAGAAGGAGAGAGACGGACAGAGAGGGCGAUAGAAGGAGAGAGACGGACAGAGAGGGCGAUAGAAGGAGAGAGACGGACAGAGAGGGCGAUAGAAGGAGAGAGACGGACAGAGAGGGCGAUAGAAGGAGAGAGACGGACAGAGACGGCGAUAGAAGAAGAGAGACGGACAGAGACGGCGAUAGAAGAAGAGAGACGGACAGAGACGGCGAUAGAAGAGACAGACGAUAGAAGAAGAGAGACGGACAGACGAUAGAAGAAGAGAGACGGACAGACGAUAGAAGGAGAGAGACGGACAGACGAUAGAAGAAGAGAGACAGAAGAGACACAGACAGAGACAACAAUGGAAGAAGAGACAGACAGUAUAGAGAGUCACUCGCUUCCCCUUCCGGCCCAUGGGCCCUUAUUUUGGAAAAAAUAUAUACGGUAGUCAACGGCGAGAGACGACUUAUCUUUUAAUCCUGUCCGAACACGUGAUGUUUGUCUGUUUAAAAGAUCAUUUUGUCCGUCAAGAAAGUCGCAGUUUGUCGUAAAACAGUAAAGUUACAUGUCGUUGUGUGAGAAAACCGUUCAGUGACCUACAUCUCUCAUCUCGCACAAUAUACGUCACCAACAUGUUAGCGCAGUGAUGCUAAGCUAACGUUCAUAGCUUGCUUUCUACUAGCUCGGUAACUUGGCUAUGUUCCACACAGAAAUAUAUCUCACUUGAUGUGUUCAAUCCAGCGACUCUCGGCCCUUUUAUCACAUCAUCCUCACACGUUAGCUUCAGUACCGUUAGCUUCAGUACCGUUAGCUUCAGUACCGUUAGCUUCAGUUGAAAGAAAAAGUUACGUCACAUACGGGACUUUUCAAACGGGAUCUAAAUAUUUGUCGUCUCUUGCCUUUGACUACGGUACAUAUUUUUAGUAGGGUCCCAUGGCGCUCCAUAGAAGAGACAGACAGACAGGCUGUCCCUUCAAAGACUGAGACCACCUGACGUACGUGAACUGAAAUCAUUACAUCGUCAUUUUCCAGACUGUUAAAGUUAAACAUAGAAAUGAAUAUAAAUCUAGAUCCCUGACACGAGGCCAGUUCUCUGCAUCCUCCCAAACGUUUAAUAUUUGUACUGUUUGGCGUUUGUAAUAAAACAAAAAUAAAUGUCUUCAGCUGUG